ACAUUUCUACAUUGUAGAGACGUUUUCGCCACCAGCAACUUCAGUAUGAAAUGUAAAGAAUAUAAGAGACAAGAGCUUUUACUACAAGUGUAGAAAUGACAGACAAUUCCCUCGAAAUGAUUAUAUAUCUAGUUCUAGGUGCACGUAUUCGCACUUUGUCGAGGGGCAAAGGGCGGGAGGAAUUUUCAUGCUACCGUAGUGUAACUUUGCGGAAGAUAUAGUCACUUUCCGUAUGGUAUGCAACCGAUUAUCCAAAACAUGGAUGCGUUUGGUUGAUGGUGGUGGUGACCACGCGACAAUAUUGAACUAUAUGUAAGAGAGUGUUUGUGACGGAUAUAUCAGUAGCGAAUACCACACGGUAAUCCUCUGUCUUGCAUUCUCCUUCUCAGUACUAUACGUAUACGGUAUAUUAUAUAUGAUAAGCGCAUGUGCACAGAUGUAGGGUGUCCCUCUGUGGGAGCUUGCGGCGCACGCGGACAUUGUCAGUGCUCGCGGAUCCGUCGCGGCGUCGAUCGAGCCCUCUUCCACCUAGCGACGAUAAUACGUGCCGGGCACCUCGCUGGCAUUACGAGGUCGUCCUGUGGGCGAUCGUCGCCCAAACUAAGGCCAGCGACGGAGUCAGACCACCAGGGAAGACUAGGAAGAAAUGACAAUGCAUUUAAAACAUGUAAUUUAAACUGGUAUCGUGCGAUAGUAUUUACCUAGAGGAGUAGAGUAGAAGUGAAAAAAAGGUUUAAGAAGAAAUAAAAAGAGGUGGAAGAGUAGUAGAAGAGGUGGAGAAUGAAAUCGAUCGGUAGCUGGCCGAUGCGGGAAAAUUUUAAAGCUAUCGGAUUUUAAAAUCGUGAGUGAAGUAAAUUAAAUGAGGAUCUAUGUAAUGAUGAAAGACGUGAGUGUUAGCGAUAGGCAAUAAUACGAUAAAUUAGUAUUUUAAAACGAAAGAUAAUUUGUGGAUAUCGUGUGAGGGUAAAGAAGAGAGGCGUGGGACGAAUUUGGGUGUUCCUACAAAGUGACUCGAGACGAUAACAGGGUUGGGGGUGUGAUUAAAGAGAUCCUCCCAUGUUUUUUUCCUAAAUUGCUCGAUUCAAAGACUGAUUAUCCUGAAUAAACAGAACAACUACCUGUAAUGUAUUUAAAAGUCCUCCUGUGCUGAUACUAGUUGACGUAAGUGGGACAGCUAUGUCGAGUUUAGAGUUUAACUACCAAAGAGUGUGAUUAAAUCUGGAUUGCGGAAUAAAAAAAAAGGCCUGAUGAAUUUGUAAAGUAGUUUUUUUCAAGUUUAUAUUGGUUGUAAAAAAGCAGAACACAGAUGAGUCGUCAAGAGAAUUCAAAUUGGGCAGCCAGACUUGGAGUGCCUCGACUUCCUUCCACAUCAGUCGGAUGAACUUUUAAGAAAAGUGGAUCUCUAAAUGGAGGACAAUUAAAGGUCAAUCAAUACCAAGACAAGAGCUGUAAACUUCCGGUUAUGUACAAACGAAUUGACGCCUUAUACUAAACACGUGACACACACAUACACAUACAUACAUAUUUAUAUAUACAUGAAUAUAUAGAAACACAUACGAUCGAUAAAGACUGAAAAGCUUUCAAUGCACAGAGAGCUGAUAAAAUUCAUAAAUAAUGAAUAAGUCAAUAUCAACAUCUUGUCAAUAAUUUCCAAUGACUGAGAAUUCAGGAAGCGAGGAAGGUGGCUUUUUUAAAUAGAUAUAAACACAUGCAGGUUGUGAGACUAAAAAUAAGAAGAUGCCGGUUUAGAGUGAGGGCAAGUGGGCUGUGUGUGCGUGAGACCAAGUGAGACCGGAAGAGACUCUUGCUGUCAGAAAAAGAGACGAGAGAGAGAGAGAGAGAAAGGGGGAGACAAGUGGGUCGCCUCUCCCGACGUUAAAAGUGAGAAAGUCGAUUGUUGGAUGAGAGGGUAGGGAGUUACAGAACUAGUUGAACAGAUAGAGGGAGGAAGUAGACACACAAGUAGAACUAGAAAGAUAUGUCCAGGGAUCCUUACUCCUCUAGUGUGGUUGGUCCAGGCGGCGGGACUAGAUCACCAAGAAGUGGAAGACGUGUCGGUGAGCUUCCAACGGUUGAUCGUAGUCCAUCACGAAGUUAUGCUAGCGGUCGAGGCAGUCCUCUGGGUCGUAAACGCGGCACCAGAAGUGGAAAUAAUUCACCAGAACAUCUCAGCUACUCUUCCAGUUACCAUCAUCACCAGCUGAGCAGUCCAUUUUAUUCACGAGACGAAGAUUUAGGCAGCCCAGUUAUGCUUGAAGAACGUGGCAGAAGCAUGUCCACGGGCGCCAGUGGCCACCACCGUUCCCGAAGCGCUUCCAGACCAGCCAUGUCUGGCUCAGGUGUCUUAUCCGCCCGAUACACCAGUUUGGAUCGGGCUUCCGCUGGUAUCCUUGAUCAUGAUCGCGAAUUCGUACCCAUUCGCGAUCCCAGGGAACGCAGCAGAGAUCGAGGGGGGCUUUAUCUCGAUGACGACAUUUACGGGUCUAGGUCAGCGAGGCAGAGCCCAAAUCCCCAUAUGCUGAGGGACGGUGGUAUGUACAUUGGCGAACUUCAGCACCAAAACAAUGAUCUACAACGAGAACUGGGCAAUCUCAAAAAAGAGCUUGAACUGACCAAUCAAAAGCUUGGAAGUUCAAUGCACAGUAUCAAGACAUUCUGGAGUCCUGAACUCAAAAAAGAAAGGGCAUUGAGAAAAGAAGAGAGUACCAAGUACAGUCUCAUCAAUGAACAACUUAAAUUACUUAAUUCCGAAAAUCAGAAACAAAGUAUGAUGGUAAGACAGUUGGAGGAAGAAUUGAGACUGAGAAUGCGAGGACCCAGCGUAGAAAUGCAACAACAAAUGGAAGUUCUUUACAAUGAAAAUGAACAUCUAACUCGAGAAAUAGCAAUACUGCGGGACACAAUAAAGGAGCUCGAACUGAGAAUAGAAACUCAGAAGCAAACACUACAAGCUCGUGAUGAGAGCAUCAAAAAGCUCCUGGAGAUGCUCCAAAACAAGGGGAUGGGAAAAGAGGAGGAGCGGAUCAUGUUCCAGCAGAUGCAGUCCAUGGCCCAGAAGCAGCUUUCUGAAGAGCUGGACGAACUCAGGACGGAGGUUCAGCGUAGGGAUCAGGAAAUUCUCGGAAUGUCGGCUAAGAUGAAAACACUUGAGGAACAGCAUCAGGACUACCAGAGACAUAUUGCAGUACUCAAGGAGUCACUUUGUGCUAAAGAAGAGCACUAUAACAUGCUCCAGGCUGACGUUGAGGAAAUGCGACAAAGACUCGAAGAGAAGAAUCGACUGAUUGAGAAAAAAACCCAAGCUGUAUUGCAAGCACAACAGGAGAGGAAUCGCAUGAAUACUGAGUUAACUGAGCUCAAAGAUCACAUGGAUAUCAAAGAUCGCAAAAUCAAUGUCCUUCAACGAAAGAUUGAAAACCUCGAAGAUUUGUUGAAAGAAAAAGACAACCAAGUGGACAUGGCGCGUGCACGUCUGACCGCGAUGCAGGCGCACCACUGCAAUAGUGAGGGCGCGUUGAGCAGCCUUGAGGAAGCAAUCGGGGACAAGGAAAAACAAAUGGCCCAAUUGAGAGAGCAAAGAGAUCGUGCUGAACAGGAAAAACAAGAAGAAAGAGAACUUCAUGAGCGUGAACUCGCUGAGUACAAGAUGAAGAUUCAUGCACUUGAAUCUGAGGUCGAGAAGCUUGGAGCACGUUUGGAACGAGCACAAGCAGAAAAAGAUCGCCUGGAGGCGAAACUAGAGAGUUCACAAUCAGAACUCGGCAAAAGUAAAGCUGAGUUGGACAAAGCGGCAUCCGAGGUAGGCCGUAGUGGAGCCGACUGGGAAGCGGCCAAACAACGACUCACUAGGCUGGAACUUGAGAAUGAAAGAUUACGUCAUGAUAUUGAAAAAUCGUCAAGUACAUUUGGUAGAGGUACACUUAACUCUUCACAGGAAAUAGAUAGGAUUCAAGAGCGCGCUGAAAAGUCUGCAACAGAACUGAGAAGAGCUCAAGCUGAACUACGAGUCACGCAAGCGGAUAAUGAACGAGCUCGAGCUGAAGCUGCUGCUCUUCAAGAAAAGGUUGAAAAAAGUCAAGGAGAAGUCUAUAGGCUAAAAGCAAGACUGGAGAACGCACAGGGAGAACAAGAUAGUUUGCGCGAAGAGUACGAUCGGGCACAGUCAACAGUAGCUAGAUUACAUUCCGAACGCGACAAAGCCGUUGCUGAAUUAGAAAAAGCGCGAGAAGAACUCGAAAGAACACAAGCGACUCUUGGCAAAGCUCAGCUGCAGCAAGAAAGACUGCAGAAUAUGCUCGACAAGGCCCAAAGUGAAGCUGAUAAGCUUCAGGAACGAUUGGAAAAAGCGCAAACGGAAAUACGACGAAUGCAAAUGGAGAAAGAAAAACAAAACUACGACUUUGAUAAUCUUCAAAGUCAACUGGACAAGGCUUUGGGGCAAUCGUCGAGAAUGCAAAAGGAAAAGGAAGCUAUUCAACUGGAAGUCGAUCGUCUUCAAGACAAAUAUGAGAAAGCACAGAUAAUCGUUCAAAGACUGCAAAAAGAACGAGACAAUCUGCAAGAAGAAGUAUCGAAACUUCAGCGAGAAAAAGAUAAUGCACUUUCUGAAUUAGAUUUAGUGAAAGACAGAUGGGAAAAGGCUCACAAUUCCCACCAGAAAAUUUCUUUGGAACGAGAUGACGCAUUGACAGAGAUUGAAAUCCUCAAGGAAAAACUUGAUAAAACUCAGUAUGCGUUAUCAAAAGCACUGGAAGACCGUGAAAAUACAAGCAAAGAAUUUGAAAAACUGAUGGCGAAAUGCGACAGAUCGCAGAGUGAAGUGUAUCGUCUUCAGAAUCGAAUAGAGGUAAUGGAAGCAGAGAAAGAUCGAUUGGAGUUGGAAUCAGAGAAAAACUCCCACUUGGCUCUAAAGAGCCGUGAAGAAGCACGAAAAGCCCAAGAAGAAUUGGCACGUAUACAAGAAAUGUAUGAUCGUGCGGCACUUCAAUUAGGAAGAACAAAAGAAAACGAAGAAAAAUCUAAAGACGAUUUAGAUCGUUUGACUGUGGACCUUGAAAUGGUUCGCGAGAGGUACGAAAAGUCUCAGAUCGAGUUACGUCGUUUACAGAAUGAGCGUGAAAAACUCGUGGCAGACAACGAGAGAAUUAGUUUUGAAUUAGAGCGCGCACACUCGCAGCUCAGUAAAGCACAAGCAGCAACAGAGAAAUCACAAGAAGAACUUCAACGUAUGCAAAUGGAAAUUGAAAAGUUGUAUGAAAAACACGAUCGACAGCAAGCAGAGGUACGUAAAGCACAAGCGGAAGCUGAAAGACUUCGUUCAGAAGCCGAAAGUGCUCGUGAAGAGUGUGAAAGAUAUGCCGCACGAUUUGGUAAAUAUCAAGAGAGCCAAGAGCGCCAGAAGGAUGAACACGAGAGGGCAAAAAUGGACGUGGAGAGACUGCGGGACCGACUGGACAAGGCACUUGCGGAACUGGACAGGGCGAGAAAAGCUGAACAGGAUGCUUCGAGACUACGAGCCGAUUUAGAACGGGCAGAGGGAGUACGAGGUAAAUACCAGUUCGAGCAGGAGAAAUGGCAAAGCGAGGGUAGUAGGCUACAACAGGAACUGGAAAAAGUGAGGGAGAGGUUGGAGAUACGUGAAUCUGAAUUAAAACGUAUGCAAACUGCGUAUUCUGAAUUAGAAGCUAAAUUACAUGAAGCUCAAUUACAACUUGAGAGAGCACGUGAAGAAGCCAGUAAAGUUAACGCAAAUCAAGAAAAAUCUAGGUCAGAAAUUGAGAGAGCGCGAAUUGAAGCUGAAAAAAUACGUGAUCGGCAUGAUAAAAUUAAAGCUAAAUGUGACGCACUUGAGGCUGAUAAUGAAAAACUCAGGGUAGAAAUAGUGAGACUUGAAAGAUUAAUGCAAACUGAAGGUAAAACAAGGUCUGAAAGCGCAAGUAUCGAAGUUGAACGACUUAGAGCUACUUUGGACAAAGCCAUCGUCGCUAGAGAUCAAGUUGAGCUUGAGGCAGGUAGAUUGGCCAAAGAACUUGAAAAAUCACAAAUUUUACUGGCUAAGCAUCAAGAGAUUGCUGAAAAUGCUAAGAAAGAGUACGAAAGGGUAGUCAACGAACUUACAGCAUUGAGAGAAGAGCGAGACACUCUGAGACAAGAAUUCCGACGGAUUCAACAGCAACAGCAAGUCAUUGGCAACGAAGAAUUCGCAAAACUUCAGCAUGAUCUUCAGCUCACGCUACGUGAGCGCGAUAAGAUGGCGGCGAUACUUGAGAAUCGCGAAAAACACUCAGAGAAAAUUGAGAAAAUGCGUGAGAAAUUGGAAGCCGAAGCGAAACAACUUCAGAUUGAACGUGAUCAGUUGGUAAUACAAUUAGAAAAAUCACAAGACAUGUUGAUGAACUUCCAGCAGGAGUUGAGCACAAGUGAAAGUGAGCUCGACAAACAACGUGACGAAGUGCGACGUCUUCAGCAACAACAGCAACAACAAGCACCUGAUCGUGCUACUAAAGAAACAUUAGAAGCGCAAAUGCGCGAAGUUCAACGUCUCACUCAACAAAUUCAAACACUCACUCAGAAUCAAAACAAAGAACGUCAACGAGCUGAACAAGCUGAAAAACGUGUUCAAGAAUUACAAAAACAACUUGCGUCAGCAGGUGCUACGUCAGCAAGUGAAUCUCAAAUUGAGCAGUGGCGAAAACUUUGUGAAUCUGAAAAACAACGUGCCGAUAAUGCCGAGAGAAAUGCCAAUGAAUUACAGAAGAGAAUCCAAACUUCCGAGCGUCAACUUCAUGCACAGCAACAACAGAUUCAGCAGAUGCAGAUUCAUCUACAGCAGCAGCAACAGCAACAGCAGCAGCAAAAUGGAUCUAGCGGCCAGGAGGCUGCUAAACUUCGCAAGGACUUGGACCGCGCACAAGAGGAAACCAAGCAGGCGAUCAUCGAACGCGAGCGACUACAAUCUCAGCUUGAGAUGCUGGUCCAGGAACUCGAAAGAAAUCAGGUGGAUCUUCACGAAGCGAACAAGAAACUUCAAGCUGGCGGAGCCAAACCUGGCGUCGAUACUAGCCAGGAAAGAAAACAAUUGGAAGAACAAAGACGUCAGUUAGAGGAGCAGAGGAAGCAGAUUGAAGAACGUGCAAGAAUAUCUGAUAGUAAAUUGAGAACUGCUGAAGAAAAAGAACGGGCACUACAAGCUUUAGACCAGGAUUUAAAAAAACGAAAAGCAAAAAUGGAUCAGUUGGAGCAACAACUUCAAAAGAGUGGCGGAUCACCAGACAAAAGACUUGCAGAAAUGCAAAAAGCGCUGGACACUGCGGAAAAAGACUUGGAAAGAGCGAAAGAAGAAGCUGGAAGAAGUUCCGCGGAAACGGAAAGAUUACUCCAACUUAUGCAAAUGACGCAAGAGGAACAAAAUUCAAAAGAAAAACAGAUACGCGAACUUCAAGACGCUCUUAAAGCCGCACAAGCAAAACUUAAACAAGCCACAGCUGCAAAUCAACAAGAGAUCAAAGAGAACUAUUGCGACCCCGAUAAGUCGAGCACUGGCGUUAUCGAUGAAGACAUCGAAAUAUGGAAAGAAGAAAUAAAAUCAAAAGACAGAAGAAUUUAUGAAUUGGAAAUGGAGAUGCAAUCGAUUGAAGAUUUUCUAAAUAAUCAUUCAGAGACAAAUGGUGUCGUUGAAUUGCAACGGAUAUUGAAAAAGAAAAUAUCUAAAAUAAAUAAAUUGGAGUAUACUGUCGCUGAAUUUGAAGAUUUUCUUAAACAAAAUCCAGAUGUUAAAGAAUUACACGAGCUUAAGUGUCAAGUUGAUUUUAAAGAACGUAGGAUACGUGACUUGGAGAGUUGGAUUGAAAGAAAUGGCGACGUGGGAAUUGAAAAAACACGUAUUAUUGAAUUGGAACAAAUGGUGACACAUCUUGAAGAAUACGUUAAGAGUCACAAUGUCGAUGCGCUUAAACAAAAGUUACAGGAUCGUGAAGAGAGAAUAGAUCAAUUGUUGGAUAAAAUUGAUACGCUGGAUAAAGAAUUGAUGAAACGUGAGCCAUUUAAAAAUAUAAAUAAUUUAUGUGAUGACGAAUUAUUGAAUAAUUUUGAUGACGAUGAAAAAAUGCAGAUUAUUAAGAAAGUUAUAUUUGAAAAAGAAGUUAAAAUGAAAGAAAUGGAACACGCGAUAUCAGAAAAAGACAAUCGUAUCCAAGAUUAUGAACAGCAAGUUAUUGAAUUAGAAGAUAAAAUAUAUAAAAUGGUAAAUGAAAUUAAAGAUAUGAAGGCUGAAUUAAGUGAAUACGAGGCUGAGGACAUUGGAGUGUUAAAAGAAGAAAUCAGAGUCAGGGAUGAAAGGGUUCAACAGCUGGAAGAUGAAAUAGAUUCACUGGAAAGGGCAUUUGGUGAAAGAAUGGAUUUAGAAGAAAUAGAAGAACUGUUAAAUGUCAUAAAAAAAAAAGAAGAGCAUGAAAAAAAAUUGGAGCUUAAAGUUACGGAGCUAAGAGAUGCACUUAGAGACAGUGUAGCGAUUGCUAAUAAAGCUGAUAAAAAACUUAAGCAAAUGGAAAAGAGCAAAGAGAAUUACAUUGAUAGGGUUAUAAAAUUAGAACAAAAAAUAACAUCAUUGCAAUCAGCGAAUGCAUUAAAAUGUCACUCAUGUCGGCCUUUGAUGUCAAAAUUUUUAAAAUGUCAAAAAAAUUUGAAGCGCCUAAAAGAUGAACGAAGAAUUCAACUCAAAGAUCUCCAUAAUUUAAAGUGUGAAACUUUAAAAGCGGCAUUAUCUGAAAAAGAUGCUCAUCUUGCACUUCUGGAACUUUCAGCAGUAAAAACGCAGACGCAAUUUGAUCAAAUGGAACAAUUGAAAGCCGAUAAAGUCAGAUUACUUGAUAAAUUAAAAGAAGAGGAUAGAAAAUGCAUGGAAUUAUCUGAAGAGGAAUCCAGUGACUCAACGAGUGAAUCACCAAUUGUUACCAAGAUUAUUGAACCGACACUUGGGAAAGAUGAAGACUAUCUCGAUAAUUCACAGUCUGUUUCUGAGACGUCGCGAUGAUAAGAAUAAUAUGGGCUUGAACAUAAGCAAUGAAAUUUCUGCUUCAUUUAUUUAUUUUGGACUGCAUUCAUCGACCAGUGACAUCUUCUACCCUUGAAUCUCCAUAACAAUUCAAUUGUACGCUGAUACGAAUUUAAAAUGAUCAAUUUAUUAAUAAUUAUUUAAUUUAAAUAAACGAUUAUUGAGCUAACGGUGAAACUGAUCUAAUAACUUAUGAUUUUUUAAAAAUCAAACGAAAAAAUAUAACUACAGUCAAUAUUAAUUUCUGUUCAUUAAUUAAUUAAUUAACUUUUUUUCUAAUUAAAAAUUGAAAAAAUGAAUUUUUUAAUGCCACUAAAAAUAACGAAAAAGAAGAAUAGAAGUAUUAGCUAGAGUUUAGAAAAAUAUAAAUGAGAACAAACUAAAAUAAACAAUACUGAAAAAAAAAAAAAUGUUUUUUCAAUUGGAUUUCACGUCACGGGUCCAAAAAAAUUAUAUUACUCAUGUAUAAAGGAUGCCAGUGUAAUAGUAUUAAUAGUGUUAUAAUCUAACUAGAGAAGAAUAUGGAGACGUAAAAGAUAAAAAAGUUAUUGCAGUUCAUAUAUGUGAGGAAAUUAUACUAUAAGCAAUAAUAUUUACGUAAUAAUAAAAUUAUUGUGAAUAAAAAUAAAUAAAAAUAUUACCAAUAAAUUUUUUUUAACUGUAACAUAUAUCAAGGCUCUGAUUUGAUAUUUGAAAUUAAUGGACAGGUGCUGAAUAUUGUUUAUCAUGUUUGACAAUAAUGAUCGCAGCAAAAAAAAAUAAAGUGUUUAAUUGUUAAAAAGGCAUCUUAUUUAAAAUUAAUAAUAAUUCAAAUAUAUAAGUAAGCCUGACGGAAUUAUAUAUUUAAUGGCGAGCGAGUUUAAAUCAUCCAAGAUAAUUAUUAUUAUUGGAAUUGCUGGAUUAUCAAGACUUUGUUGAAUAAUUAGAUGAUGGUUAGAAGGUCCAUGAGAUAUAAUUAUAUUUAAUAAUGAUAAUAAUUAGUAUAUUCCAUGUAGCAUUAAUAUGCAGAUAUACCCAAGGCACUAAUUCAGUUUUGUAAAUAUAUACAUGUAUUCUUUUAUAUUUUACAUGUCCUUAUUAUCUUAUCUUUUAUCACUUAUUAUAUUUUAUAUUGUUUCACUUUUUUAAAUAAAAUCCGAGACUUGUAUUUACUUAAGGCACUAAAAUAUCUUUUGUAUAUAGCUUUCUUUACUCUUUAAUAUCUUUUAAUAUAUAUACAUAUAUGUAUUGUUAAUCUAUGUAAAGAAAUUAAUCUUGUCUAUUUGCUGGAAGAGUCAUAGAAAUUCAAUAAACGAAAAUUUCCGUCGAUUACUGAAUAAAAGAAGAAAGGAAAGAAAAUUACAAACGAAAUUAAUUAAAAAGAUGAUAUUUGAAUCCGAUCUUAAAGUCCUCGACAGACAAUUAAUACUAAAUAAAUAUUAUAAUGAGCAUUAAAAAGGGGCGAAAAUAAUUUUCAGUAGGAACUUAGAUGUGGUAUUAACGCAAAAGUAAUUAGUGUGAAGAAAUAAAGAUAUUAAUUUAGAGAAGAAAACCAGAGGAUUAAUUAAACUGAUAGAAUUUUUAGAUAAAUGUGACAACAGGGUUGUCAAGGGUGCGAUUUGUUAACGACUAAUCGCGUGCCACUGUCAUAUCAAGCCUAUAUCAUCAUGUUAUGUCAUAAUUUAUCAGAAUAAUAUAUAUAAUAAUAAAUAAAGUAAUUAUUAAUCGUUAAAUGAACGUAUUGUUAAUCAUGUAUGAUUGUUUCCAAUAACGAUUUUUUAAUCGUCUUAAAUAAAACGACAGUGUAAUCAAUUUAAGAUUCUUGUUGAUACAAAUAUUUAAAUUAAUAUAAAAUUUAAAACCAAAAUACCCUAUAGAAAAAAUCCAUAUGGGAAUCCAGCCUAGAUUCUUAUGUGAGUUCUCACAUGAUGAAUGGAUUUUCAAAUGGAUUCUCAUGUGGUUUCCUAUAGGAAUAGUAAUCUCUUCCUUUAUUCAUACGCGUCCCUAUCAACAAAAUCCAUGUGAGCUUACAUGGGAAACCAUAGGAAUUCAUAUCAAAAUGUAUGGAUUUAUGUAAGAAUUUAUAGAAAUUAAUAUUGGAGGGUAUGAAUUUAUAUAAGAAAUCAGAAGUAUUUGAAUUCCCAUAUGGAAAAUUCUCAUAGGAAACUGUGGGUACCUGGAUUCCCCUAUAGGAACUUGACAUAAAGAUCUAUAUGGAUUUCUUCGACGGAAAUCUAUAUGGAAUCUAGUCCAUAUGGAAUCUCGGUUUAUCUAUAAGUAAUUUCUAUAGAAUCCGGGGUAGAGGUUAAUAUUCCUAUAGGAAACCAUAUGGGAAUCCAUCCAAGAAUUCAGAUACCCACAGUUUCCUAUGUAAAUUUUCCGUAUGGGAAUUCAGAUACUUAUGGAUAUAUAAAUCCAUGCACUCCAAUAUUCAUUCCUGUAAAUCCUACAUAAAUUCAUACUUCUCUAUGAAUUCCUAUGGGUUACAUGCAAUCUUACAGGGACUUUUUUGAUACGGACAUAUAUGAAUAAAGGAACAGAUCAAUAUUCCUAUAGGAAACCAUAUAGAAAUCCAUCCGAAAAAGCCAUGUGUGAACCCAUAUCCUAAUUUUGACUGGAUUCCUAUAUAGAUUUUUUUGCUAGGGCACUUAUCAUUAUUAUUGUCAAAGAUAAUUAAGAGUUUCAGUGCUCCUUGUUAUAGAUGAUGAGCUCUAUUAAUUAUUAUAUUAACAAAGAAGAAAUACUCGAAAAAAUUAUAGAACAAAUAAAUUUAAAAAUUAUAAUAAUAGUGUUAGUCAAAAAUAUAUAGUUGCAAAAAAUCAAUACACAAUAAAUUAUAUAAAUGAAUUAUUAAUAUUGUUUAUUAAUUACUAUAAAUUAAUUUAAAUGUAUAAGUAAUUAAGUUUAUUUUAUUUGUCAAAUGAUAAUAAUAAUGGUUAAAAUUUAUAAAUGUAUAUUUAAGUGUGUCCGCAAAAAAAAAAAAAUUUAUUAUAAUAAAUCUCAAUUAAGAGAAGUCUUGAUUAUAUUUUCACUCGACUGUUUAGUAUUUAUGAAUGUUUUUUAUGUAAAAUAUUAUUAUAAUAAACACAAAUGGACUUGCUGAUAAAUUAUGUGCCGGCUCGAUAUUAAAGAAAGAUAAUUAAUUUUUAAAAUUACUUUUUUUAAUAUCGAAUCGCUAAUUACUUUCAGUAAAUCACAAUUUAUAAUCGCUUUGGACUCAAAUCACAUUUUUUAAUUUUUCAAUACAAACAAAAAAUUAACGAGUGAGAGAAUGAAAGGGAGAGAAAAAGAUAAAAUGAAUGCGAGUGGAAAAAAGGAAAAUAUAAAUACAAAAAAUAAAAAAAAACAAUUUCUACAUGUUAUACGCUAUGUAUUUAUAAUUAAUUAAGCCAUAAUUAAUUAAGUAUUCGAAUUAUUGCGUGAAUAUAUUUGUUUAUAAAUUAUAAAUGACAAUUGUAUCGUCAUGAAUGUAAUUGCAAUUAAUAUUUGCGUGUAUAUAUUACUAUGAAUACGUUGAUGAUGAUGAUAUAUAAUUAAAUAAUAUAUUAAACUAAUAAUCAUUAAUAAAUCAAUAACAAAAAAAUUGAUAUUCGCCUAUUUUCGCGGUUCUGUGUUGCAAAUCUCCACAAUUUACAAUAAACAAAUAUUUAAAAUCAUCUCUAUUUAAAAAAUUAAAAAAAAACAGAGAUUAUAUAUAUAAAUUAAAGCAGUCGCAGAAAGCUAUAAAGAAUGAGAGUGUAAUAAAUAUUAUUACCGGAUGAAUGUAAAAAUGUCAGGACUAUAUUAUAUAUUAUAAAAAUUAAGUUUAAAUCAGUAAAUAAAAAAAAAAAUAAUUUAAUUGUUAAGGCUAAAGAUAUAAUACAAAAAAAUUUAUCAAAGUACAUUGUUGCAACUGCCAUGCUGUGUGCCAUUAUAUAAUGCGUCACAUUCGUCAUUAAAAUAUAUAGAAAAAAAGUAAAAAUCAUGAUAAUUAUAUUGGGACGAAGAGACGUCAAUCGUUAGAGUACCGUCUUCUUGAAUCAUUAGUGAGACGGAUUGUAUGUAAUUGGAAUGUAAUUUAGAGAAGAGUUUUAAAAAAAAAUUGUCGUUGAAUACAAAAAAAAGUAUUAUCUAGUAUACAUACGAUAAAAAAAAUUCCGGAUGCACAUUUCGAUAAACUAUCGAAUUACUUCUUCGCCCUUGCGAUGCUUUUCAUACUCCAAUACAUCGCAUUUCGCUUUUCCUACUAAAAAAAAACUAAAUGAACGAAAUAAUAAAAGUAUACAUAAAGAAGAUACAUUUAAAAGUAAAGCACAGUGAGAAUCACGUCUGAUAUCUCGAUUUAAAUGAUAAAAUAAAAAGUAAAUAAAAUAACAUAAUAAUUAUUUAUUUGAAUUAUUAGAAUAGUUUUAAAAAAAAUUCUAUCAUAUCCUGAUAUCCAAAAUAAGACUUACAUUUAUACUCAUCGUCUACAUUCAGCAUAUUUCUGCUGGCUUUCGAAUACUAUAUAUUUAAUUAUUAAAUCGCAAUCCCAAAUAAUUAAAUGUGAAUUUAUUUAAAAUGAAAUCUAAAGUAUGCGAGCGAGAUUAAAAUUAAAAAAAACAAAUAAAUAUAUUAUGAAAAUCAGAAUAAAUGAAAACGUUGAUCCAUCACUAUAGAUUUCAAGCACAAUAACGAAUAGUAGGGCCAGGCACAAUAAAAAAAAUUUGGCCGUCACGUUGUAGACAGCGAUCUGUUAGAGCGACAAGUCAUAUUAAGUACCUAUAUCGCGAAAAAUAUUAAAUGAAUAAACACAUAUUGUCUAUUGUCA